GGGACGACACACGUGCAAAAUUGACGAGAGCUGUCUCGGACUGAGGCAACAAAUGUUAACAACAUGGCAGAAAAACGGAAUGAGAUUCGGUCCCUCGCUUCUUUUUUCGAUAUAGGGAACGUCAAAGUCAAUAUUAACAGUGAGACAAAGUUAACUUGCAUUCAGUGCAAUGGAAUGUCCGUCUCUGGAUUGAUGUCAAUCUGCACCUACCUAGCAACCACAUCAGGGAAGGCGGAGCUUGUUGGUAAGGAUGCUAAAUCAAGGGCCCUGGUUGGUCAGUGGCUUGAAUACAGAGUAACAGAGGUGGACAGAUGUCAGGGAGACAAAGAGGAAAGGAAUGUUUUCAAGGAACUGAAUGCCUAUCUGUCAACAAGAACUUAUUUUGUUGAACAGCGAUUUAGCCUUGCUGACUUACUUAUCUACUAUGGUCUUCACAACAAAGUUAAUGGUCUCACUUAUCAUGAGAAGGAAACAUAUAUACACUUAUCAAGAUGGUUUGACAAUGUAAGUAAAUCUCUUUUUUUUUUAAUGAGUUUUCAUGCCCAUAAGAUAUUGUUCCUCUUUGAUUCAAAUGUUUGAAAAUUACCAAAGUAGUGUCUGAAUCACAUUGCAGACUACACAUUUAUUAUUUGAUUUAUCAGGAAAGUAUAAUAUAACCAUUAAAGGUAUAGUGUAUGAUUGGUUGAUCUCAGACAAGGGCAAUGAAUCAAUUUUGAAAUUAUUACAUUCAUUAAAUACCUAUAUUAUUGCUCUAUUUUAUCACGGAAAAGAAACUUGCAUAACUUUUAUAUUUUCAUGAUAUUGAGGGGUGAAACAUAUAUUAUAACAAAUAUCGGUUAAUCGAUAUAAGUUUGAACUUUCUUAUUGACGCCCUCUCGGGUUAAAAAAUAAAUUGAUAUUAGAACACCGUUCGAAUCAUGCAUAUUCAUUACGACUCAUGCAUAUUGAUGAAAUACGUCAUGGCGCAUGCGCAGUAUCAAGAAAUCCCCGUAUCAACAAAGUGCAGUACUCUGUGUGUAUAGCUGAGUAGAAAGCAAACAUCGAACGGUGCGUGCAAGCUCAAUGAGCCGAGCUAGGCGGCUAGCGACAUGCUUGCGCUCUGCAUUAGUUUCAGAUAUAAUCCACUAUUUGCGAUAGCACACACAGGAUAAGAAUACUAUAUUGAGCUAUAUCCAUAAAUGUAUCGUACGCGUGAAAAAGGAUUCAGACACGUUGAUUAUCUGACGUGAAUGACGAAGCAAAGGAUUGCCCAAUACGGCUUACUUUCGGACUCUUAUGUCAUGAAUCUGAAAGUACUCCAAGACUAAAAGAGAUACGAGAAUCCCAGAGAUGGGCAAGGGCCGAGUUCCGAGUUUGAUCUUUAUUCAUGUGGAUUGUAGCUCUUUUAUGCACCUUUCCCUUCAUGUAUAGCUUGGCGUGAUACAUAUACGGGAACUACAGCGAGGCGCUGUAGCGCAGCUCACUGUAUGUAUACUCUAUACUCUGUAUACUGACUCCUUGGCCCUCCCCAAAGGAAAGGGGGAGGGAGGAGAGAGAAGAAAGAAAGAAGUGGAUUGGUGAAAGAGAAUCAGGAGAGCCAUCAUAAAGGGAUAUGGAUACAACAUACCCUAAUUUGAUAUUUUGGUGUUUUUUUAUCUUUCCUGAAUGUUUCAGUCAGUUUCAGAUUAUUUAGAUCCACUCGCAAAGUACAGAGGAGAAAUUGGAAAAAAAAGUUAGACC